AUGGUUGAGUGGACAGAGUUCGAGCGCGCCACCAUCCAGGACCUCUUCUCCAAGAUGGACUACGACACUGUGGGUCAACAAUCCCUUGCGAGAUGUCUUAUCGUCUACCCCUGGACCCAGCGGUACUUUGGAGACUUUGGAAACCUGUACAACGCCGCCGCCAUCAUGGGAAACUCGAAGGUUGCUGCUCACGGUAAGGUUAUCCUCCACGGCCUGGACAGAGCUGUGAAGAACAUGGACAACAUCAAAGCUACCUAUGCCGAACUAAGUGUUCUGCACUCCGAGAAACUCCACGUCGACCCAGAUAACUUCAGGCUUUUGUCUGACUGCAUGACCAUCGUUGUUGCCGCAAAACUGGGAGCUGCAUUCACACCUGAUGUCCAGGCCGCUUUACAGAAGUUCCUCGCUAUUGUGGUUUCCUCUCUUGGAAGACAGUACCACUAG